UUCUAAAGUGUUAUUUCAACAAGUGAAAAUGCGCCUUUUUUCUCCUACAAAACGAGCUGGUUCAUUGGUGUAAUGUGAGAAGUGCGCGGUUAGGUGAAGCGCGAAGCUGGCCAAGAGGUACCCUGUUCUGCCCGCCAACCCUACAAACCUUCAAAGAUUUAGUACUCCCUAUCCAGAGGCGCUCAUCUUGGGUUCCCCGCAGCCAGAAAGAGUUUGAAUGACUUUUGGCCCCUUGCGGCCCCUGUAGCGUCCCUAGUUACCGAGCCCUUAGUAACCGCCCGCCCCGAGGAGCCGCCUGGGUUGCCCGAGGCCGCGCCAGCUUCCCCACCGCAGGCCAGCGCUGGCGCUCAGGCCUCGGCGGCCAGGUGAUGGCCGCCUCCAGCCUCCAAACUCCGGUAAAUCCCAGCACCAGAGCGCAGGACGCCCAGUACGAACGCCAAGAGCCUUCGGAGGCCCUGGGGGCGGCGGCCGUAUUGGAAGAGAAAGGCGAACCGGACGAGAAGGCAGUGCGGCCGGCGCGGGCGCGGACUGAUUUUAACACCACCAUUUCUGACGUGGAUGAACAAGCACACGUACGUGGUGAGGACUUGGUGGACUUCUCUGAUGUUUACCACUCUAAUGAAGAGUAUUUUAGGAAACUAGAAGAGCUGAAAGCUGCCCACUUGGAAGCUAUGGCAAAAUUAGAGAAAAUGUACCAGAAUAAAUUAAAUUUAAAGGAAGUUCAGCCAGUGGUCAUCAGGGAAGAAGCUUCUAGUGUUCCUUCCAGGUCUGAAUCAGAAAAGAACUCCUAUCACCCUAUCUCGUUAAUGACAUCCUUUUCAGAGCCUGAUUUAUGGCAGGCUCCCUCCUUGAUUUUGUCUUCCUCUGAAGACGAGUUGCCCAACUUAGAAAAAGAGUAUCCUGAGAAAACGAAAGCGAUGAGCUAUGCUAAAGAGCUCAUCAACAACAUGUGGACAAACUUCUCUGUGGAAGAUUAUAUUCGGUGUGGACAUGCUGACUUCCGAGUUGGAAAAACAAAGAAGAAACCAAAAGAAUGGGUGCCGAAGAUUACAGUACCUGAGCCUUUCCAAAUGAUGAUUAGGGAACAGAGGAAAAAGGAAGAGAACAUGAAAUCGAAAUCACAUACUGAAAUGGUACACCAACUGCUCAAAAAACAAGAGGAGGAGUCAGAGUGUAAGAAAAAGUUCCGAGCCAAUCCAGUUCCAGCAUUCGUCUUUUUCCCCCUUUAUCAUGACAUAGUCAAGCAGAAUGAAGAACGCAGGAGAUAUAUGAAGGAGAAAAACAAAGAAGCCCUUUUGGCCUCACAGAAGCCAUUUAAGUUUAUUGCAAGGGAGGAACAGAAGCAAGCAAUCCGGGAUAAGCAGAUGAGAGAUUUGUUUAAGUCUAAAAAGAAAACAAAUCGAUUUAAGGCCAGACCUAUACCUCGAUCUACUUAUGGUUCGGUUACCAGUGGAAAGUUAGAAGAAGAGCCCUGUGGAAAUAUUAGGACGCAACUGAGAGCCCAGGAGCUUUUAGAGAAUUCGUCUCCUCUGCCUCGCAGGUCAGGUCACAGAAGUUGUGCCACGAGGAAGCCCAAGGGUCCUGAACAGGCUGAAAAGUUGAAGCGUAAAUACAACUUUAAGUACCAAACUGCUGACUUUGAAGACCUUCCCAAGAGAUAUCAGAAAUGCCUCCAGGAACAGAAGUUUUCAAAAUUCCUAACUGUCCGUAACCUGUCUGAUCUUCACGCAGCCUCCAAUGCAUCCAUUGAGAGAGAAAAAAUUUUGGCAGACAUUGCAGCAGAUGAAGAACAUUUAAAAGAAACACGGCCUUAUCUGUCGCCAAGGCACAAGUCACCAGUAAGAAGCACAAGUGCAAAGCCUGUGCCUUGUAACUGCAACCCUCCGAUGCCCACAGUGUCUUCCAGAGGAAGAGAACAAGCCACAAGGAGAUCACUUGAGGAAAAGAAAAUGUUGGAAGAAGAGAGAAAUCGGAUCCUAACUAAACAGAAGCAAAGAAUGAAAGAAUUGCAGAAACUCCUGACAACCCGGGCUAAGGCUUAUGACUCACAUCAAAGUUUAGCUCAAAUGUCUAAAUCCAGAGUCCUGUCUCUCAGAAAGAGUGAAAAGGAAAGGAUGAGAGAAUACCAACGAGAACUAGAAGAGAGAGAAGAAAAAUUAAAAACCAGGCCACUACUAUUUGAAAGAGUUGCUCAGAAAAAUGCAAGAACGGCAGCAGAAAAGCAUUAUUCUAACACCCUAAAAGCACUAGGACUAUCUGAUGAGUUUGUUUCAAAGAAAGGCCAAAGUGGAAAAAUAUUUGAGUACAUCAUCAAUCAAGAGAUGAAAAGUUUCACUGAAGAUAAAGAAAGCCUUAAUGAAGAAGAAAGAAUAGAAGAAGGAGAGAAUGGGGAAGAAAAUUAUUUUAUUGAUACCAACAGCCAGGAUUCUUACAAGGAAAAAGAGGAAGCUGAUGAAGAGAGUGGAGAUGAGAAAUCUGUUAAGGAGUAACAUGGAAUCCGCGGGGUCUCCUGUGUGAGCCCCUGCAGGCGACUGCAGCCUUGGGCGUUAGCAUCUGCGCUCCUGCUGUUCAGAAUGUCAUCGGGACCCUGGGGUAACGUGCAGGGCUCUUGAGCAAGGUCAUAUGUAGCCUGAAAAGGCCGAAUCCAGCCAAAUGAAUGGUUGUUGGGUCAGAGUAAGGCUUUGGCUAUUCAGGUUUUUUAAUCACUACAUAUAAUUUUUGUGUGACUUUGAUCUUCUUGUAUUUUUAAAAAGCGUUUGAGAAUUGCGGUUGUCACAAAAAAAAAGUUAUAAAAAUAUGUGUUACUUCCUUUUUUGGGAUGGGAAAAAAAGUGGCUUAGCAUUGAGAGCAGCAAGAAGUAUUAGCUUUUGGUGAUUUGAAAUCAUUUUUCUGGGAAGCCCGAAUCAAUAAAAAUCUUAAAAUUUUA